AUGACGGAUUACAAACAGCUAGGAAACGACGCUUUUAAAGCUGGGAAGUUUGUAGAAGCUGUGCAACACUUUACGGAAGCUAUAAAACUUAACCCCAGUGAUGGAAUCCUAUAUUCUAAUCGAUCCGGUGCGUACGCAUCGCUAGGAAAGUAUCAAGAAGCUCUGGAUGAUGCUACUCGAUGUGUAUCACUCAAACCAGACUGGCCAAAGGGUUACUCCCGUAAGGGACUUGCUCUUUACAAGUUAGGCAAGAUGGACGAAGCUAGAAGAGCUUAUCAAGAAGGAUUAAGAAUUGACCCAAACAAUGAGCCUUUGAAGGCAGGUUUGCGCGAUAUAGACACUGCUGCUAACCCUGAACUGAUGUACCUUGCUGCAAGUGUCUCACAAGUCAUUAUGAGUAAUCCAAAGCUUCAGGAAUAUCAAAGGCAGGAUCCAUCGUAUACAAUGACACUAUGUCGUGCCAUUAGCAGCCUGCAGAGCAACCCUCAAAGUGUCCAACAGCUGCUAAUGGACCCUAACCCUGCCAUAAGGGAUGGUCUUAUGGCAUACCUAGGUGCUGCUUCUGAGAUGGCUCAGAGCGAGAGCGCACAGGAACGGUCACAACCUAAGCCUGCACCAAAAGCCGAAGAGCCAAAAGCUCCGGAGGUACCGCUUACAGAGAACCAAAAGAAAGCGCAAGAAUACAAGGAAGAGGGUAACAAAUUGUACAAGCAGAAGAAGUUUGAUGAGGCUUUGGAAUGCUACAACAAGGCUAUAGAGCAGGACCCAGAGAACCUGCUCUUGGAAAACAAUAAGGCGGCCGUAUAUCUGGAAAUGGGUGACUACGAGAAGUGUAUUGCUACAUGUAAUGCUGCUAUAGAGCGUCGCUAUGAUGUUAAGGCUGAUUUCUUAGUCAUUUCCAAGAUAUACAACAGGCUGGCAUCAUGUUACACCAAGAUGGAAGACUAUGACUCUGCACUUGCAGCGUAUCAGAAAUCCUUGUUGGAGGACAACAACAGAACGACCCGGUGUGCCAUGAAGGAGGUAGAGCGGCUUAAGGAGAAGCGUGAGCGUGAGGCAUAUAUUGACCCUGAGAAGGCUGAGGAGCACCGGGAAAAGGGUAAUGCAUUCUUCAAGGCAUUUCAGUUCCCUGAGGCUAAGAAGGAAUAUGACGAGGCUAUCAAACGUAACCCCAAGGAUGUUAAGCUGUACACCAACAGGGCGGCGGCGCUCACCAAGCUUGGGGAGUACCCAAGUGCCUUGGCGGAUUGUAACAAGGCUGUGGAGCUUGACCCUACCUUUGUCAAGGGGUGGUCUCGUAAAGGCAAUUUACACGUGUUACUCAAGGAGUACAGUAAGGCUCUGGAGGCCUAUGAUAAGGGUCUCGCUGUUGACCCUGAUAACCAAGAAUGUAUCAACGGUAGAUAUGAUUGUAUGGCCAAGAUCCAGGCGAUGUCGCAGUCUGGCACCGUUGAUGAGGAGCAGUACAGGCAGGCCAUGGCUGACCCUGAGGUUCAGCAGAUGCUCACUGACCCACAGUUCCAGAUCAUCCUCAAAAGGCUCUCGGAGAACCCAUCUGCGAUGAACGAGUACCUCAGGGACCCUACCAUUGCCAAAGGUAUCCAGAAGCUUAUGGCUUGCGGCAUCUUACGUGCUGCGUGA